AUGACACGAGCCAAAAUAUUCAUAUGUCUAGACUGCGGGACAGCAUACUGUAAAGCAGCAUUCAGAGUCUUCUUGUACAUCGAUGGCCAGCAACCUAUGAUGUGCAGAGACCACCUGAUUGCAAGCUUACAGCCAGUGGUAUGGCCAAAUAGCCAAUGCCAUGUCUUGACGCAGAUUGCAUAUGCUCGCUCUCCGAAUUCAGCCCGGCAGCAAUACGAACAGCUAUGGGGCCCCCAGGUUUCGGAAGCCCUCAAACGACAGGAAAUUCGGAGAGAAGAUGUAUUCAAAGACCUAAAGCCUGUAUUGUUUGGCCAAGGCGAACGGGAAAUGAUACACGUUCGUCACAAGAUCACAGGCAUGAGACUUGCAGGCAAGAUCCCAUCGCGCGGUACAAAAUUCGACAAAUUGGCCAAUCACGUUUAUAUUGAUUCCUUGGAAUUAUAUUCGGACUUCAUGGGCCAUGCAUACCGUUACAUUCUCCAUCGUAUCUCCGAAGACUGUCGACAACUUGGGUGGCCAGACUACCACGCCAGCAAUCAAUACCGGGACUUUACCCCACCUCAAGAUAUUGAGGUAGCUCUUCCUCUGCCCGUCAAUUGCACCCCGGAGCAAGUCCAACUCGUUUUGAUGGCUGCCCGCUGGGCAGGAAUUCCCAAUGCAUAUCCUGUUGCAGAACCUGCUGCAGCCCUGGCACACCACCUCCAAACUGCAUUUGAGACCGCGGGGUAUGUUUCAACUUCCACUCGCACCCUAAUCCUCGACAUCGGAGCUGGUUCCGCAGAUUUGCAAGGAUGGUCUGUAUUAAGCACGAAGCCGCUCAUAGUCCGUGAGUUGAUACCUGGCCUCACAUUCUGGUGUGGCGGAAAUCAGGUGAAUCGCCAAUGUGGGAUUUUGAUCUCCAAUUCCAUAAGGCCGUGGGAUCAGGUGCUACACACACUCGCCUGUAAGGAACGAAGGAUGAGCAAAGAGGACGUCAUUCGAGCGCUGGAAGAUAAAUUUGAAAUGGCUAAGAGUUCGUUUUCUGGGUCUGAGCAAUGCAAUUUGAAGCUGCGUGGCCUCCCAAACUUGCCAGCAUUCAAAUUGAAAGGUGGCGAUCGCGUUGUUCUUGAGCCUGAGGAUGUGAGAGAAAUCUUCCGCCCGACUCUAGGAACAAUUUUAAAUAAUAUCAAAGAUGCCAUCAAAGUCGCUCAGGAAAACGGAAAUGAUCGCGUGGAUGAAAUUCUGAUGGUGGGGGGUGGAAGCUCGAGUCGCUAUCUGCGAGACCAGAUCUCAAGCGCCUGCGAGAAGGAUGCCCAGCCACUUGCGGGGUAUCCUAUUCCUGUGAGGUCUCCGAGUGACGCAACGGCUCCGUUUUCGACCACCGUUGCCUUUGGAUCGCUCUUGCUAUUAACCGACAAAACCUUUAUCAAAGAAAGAGUGGUGUCGCGAGGCUAUUGUGUGGCAUGGGACAAAGAAGUUCGUGAUCUUGACCGAGGACUCUACCCAGAAGAGCCGGUGGUGCGAGAUCCCCAUGACGGCGUUCAACGGGUGCUAAAAGUGUCCAAGUUUUUCAUUAGGCCUCAAGAAGUCGUUCCUCAGAAUUACAGUGUUUCCCACCGGGGUUGGAGGGCAUUUUUGGAAGAGGAUUGCGAGGAUGGCGGCUGGAUUUUGGACGAAGAUCUCUAUUUCUCUGAAACGGUUGCUACGGACGACGAGCCGGUUGAAAACCCUCUGGUCGACAUACAUCCCAUGCCUUCUCCUCUCAAGUUUUUCAUUCCCGUGGCCGGAUGUCAACAAUUCGAAACGCACCUGUCUCCAGAAGGCAAGAGAUACUUGUAUGCGGAGUACGAAGUCGGGCUAGUUCUUAGGGGGAUUAUCAUGACUUUCGAAUUGGUGAUCCCUAGGACGGGGAAGUUCUCGAGGCAAGGCAAUGGGUAUGGAGAGAAUCCCCUGAGGUGGGAGGGACCAUAUCUUGGAUUUCCGCUUGUGCACUAUUCAAAAUGA